CAUACAUCUAAAAAGUUUAAUCUAUCAUCAAUAGUCCUUAGCCAUUACUGAGUAAUAGACUUCCAUGGGGAAAAUCCAAUAUCUUGUAGCUCUUUUUCUCAUAAUUGUAGUAUGGAGUUCUCAGGCAAUGUCUCGAACCCUUGAAGAAGUUUCCUUAUCCGAAAGACAUGAGCAAUGGAUGGCAAAAUAUGGCAAGGUCUAUAAGGAUGAUGCAGAGAAGGAAAAACGUUUUCAGAUAUUCAAAGACAAUGUGGCCUACAUUGAAUCCUUCAAUUUUGCCGGAAACAAAUCAUACAAACUCAGCAUCAAUCAUCUUGCUGACCAAACCAAUGAUGAGUUUAAGUCUUCCCGUAAAGGGUCCAACCGAUCACAAGGACAGAUGAGGAAUACAACAGCAACAACAUCAUCAUUUAAGUAUGAAAAUGUAACUGAUAUUCCUGCUAGCAUAGACUGGAGGAACAAAGGAGCUGUUACUCCAAUUAAAGACCAAGGGAAAUGUGGUGGUUGCUGGGCAUUUUCAGCUGUGGCGUCAACAGAAGGUAUGUUCCAAAUAGCUAGUGGAGAAUUAGUGUCCCUCUCAGAGCAGGAACUUGUGGAUUGUGACACAAACGGCGAGAGCCAAGGAUGUGAGGGUGGCUAUGUGGAAGAUGGAUUUGAAUUCAUUAUAAGAAAUGGUGGAAUCACCACUGAAGCAAACUAUCCAUACAUAGGAGUUGAUGGAACAUGCAACAUUAACAAUGAGGCGUCUCACAUAGUUCAGAUUCAGAGCUAUGUGGAAGUCCCUAGUAAUAGUGAGGAGGCACUCCUCAAAGCUGUCGCCAAUCAACCCGUGUCAGUUUCCAUUGAUGCUGGAAGCAAUUUUCAAUUUUACUCAAGUGGAGUUUUUACAGGAGAAUGUGGAACUGAGCUAGACCAUGCUGUUACAGUAGUUGGUUAUGGUAGCGAUAAUGAUGGUACAAAAUAUUGGAUAGUGAAGAACUCAUGGGGCACUGAAUGGGGAGAAGAAGGAUAUAUAAGAAUGCAGAGAGACAUAGAUGCAGAGGAAGGCUUAUGUGGUAUUGCAAUGGAUGCCACUUUCCCCAAUAUCAACCAUGCACACGAACCCAAUAUUAGUGGGAAUGCCUCUUAUUCCAUUUCUUUAAUCCAUAUGUUUUGUAUAUUAGGUCUCACAUUUGUUUUUCUAUUUUUUUACCUCUAGAACUUGUGGAGGUGUUAUGUAGACAUA